AUGAUUCAUUCCAAUUUGUGUAUCGCGAAAACCAGUAACUCGAAACAGAAGAUUGCAACAAAAAUAAACAGGGAUGAGUACGAAAUAAGGUACAAGAAAAGACGAAACAUUUCGUCAAAAGGAGAGAGAUUUAGCAACAUUCACUUUGCUUUUGGAUGCAAGGUGGAAUCUAACAAUGAGAAUCAGACUCUGCCAAGCAAAGAAAAAUGUGAACUUACUUUGGAAGGAGCAGGUUCCCAAGAACACUCGGAUAAGAUUGCAAUGCUUGUGGAUGAUGAAGAGCUGGAGCUGAGAGAAUUGCAAGGAAGGCCAAAUGCACUGGGGUGCUAUGAUCAUUUUACUACUAAUGAUUCUGAAUUGAACCUUUCCAGUGGAAUAGAGGAACUAGAGUCUUUAAUUGGUUCAACUGAAGUGGAGGAAUCCCAAUCAGAUAUCGAAGACUCUGGAGUAGUUGAUGAUGACCUCGGUGACAGUGGUACAUGUAGUAGUGAUGAUGAUUCUGGGUGCAAUUCAGGAAAUUCCAAAAUUAAAAAACUGACUUAUAACAUGGUGACAGUAUACACCGAAAUUGAUGAGAGCCAUCCAGGAGAAGAUCCUAUAAAUGCUAUUGCUGAAGGCAUUCCUAGCAGCCUUCAUUCUGGUUCAGGGGCGAAAAUUAAGGGGUUAUCAACUAAACAACAUGGCAUGCCCAGGCCAACCUGGGUUCAUGCAGGAUACGAGUGGUGCAAAAGAAUAUUAUACAUUAACCCUAUAGAUUCUUCAGGAUCAAUCUCAAAGUUCUCUGACGAGAGUCUGAUCGUAGGUACAAAAGGUACUUCCCAAUGUCUUAUGUGA